AUGUCCCAUGAACAUCAAGCACUCAUCAACGAACUACCACACGUGACUACUAAACUCGCCAACAAACAGAAAAUACAAGCCCUACUAGACACAGGUGCAAGCUCCAAUAUCAUCGACCCUACAUGGGCAAACAGACUCAAUCUAACCACUAGGAAACUUACAAAACCAAUACAUUGUAAAACUGGAGAUGGCACUAUGUCAGAAAUUACUCAUGCUUGCAAAGUUAAAUUUAUUAUUGAUGGUGAACCUUUCACCCUUUCGGCUCUUAUCGCACCAUUUACACUAACAUCCGCUAUUAUUUUAGGAAUGCCAUUCAUCAACAAUCAUCCCAACAUACUACGCUCAGCAUUAAAGACAAUGGUACAACCAUCAGAAUUAGUACCAUGGAGAACCAUUAGAAACGAUAUUACGAACAAGAAUAAUGAAGUGACUAUUUAUGUUAGGAUAUCCACCAGCGAUUCGAGUACAGAACCACCAUCAGAAAUUACAAAAGAGUUCGGGGAUAUCUUAGUUGAAAAGAUUCCAGCUCACGACGAACAUACCAAGACAAUUCACCAUCAAAUCACACUCAAAGAGGGUGCUACACCAGUAUUUCAACGCGCAUACAGGAUGGCUGAAGAAGAACGCAAAGCUUUAGAAGACGAAUUAAAAGACUUAAUGAAAGACAACAAGACUAGCCCUAGCGACUCACCUUUUGCAGCACCUGUUAUAUACGUUAAGAAGAAAGACGGAUCAAGAAGACUUUGCGUCGAUUAUAGAAGAUUAAAUGAAAUUACUGUAAAAGCCAAGUACCCUAUACCAUUAAUUGACGAUUUGUUUGACCAACUUAGAGGUGCCACCAUUUUCAGUAAAUUAGAUUUAGUUAGUGGUUACCAUCAAGUACCCAUUGCUGAAGAAGACCGUUACAAGACCGCGUUUAUUACACAAAGAGGACAAUAUCAAUGGAACGUCAUGCCCUUCGGUUUGACAAAUGCCCCCGCUACGUUCCAGAGAUUAAUGAAUCAUGUGCUAAGAGACUAUAUCGGAGAAUUCUGUAUUGUAUACCUAGAUGACAUCUUAAAUUAUUCGAAGACUAACGAAGAACAUAUUAAACAUAUUAGAAAAAUCAUGGAAGCUUUAAGAGCACAUCACUUAUUUGCCAAAAAGUCAAAAUGUUCAUUUUUCUUACACCAAGUCGGAUUUUUAGGUCAUGUUAUCAAUGCUACAGGUAUUCAUUCAGACCCAGAAAAGAUAGAAUGCAUUAAGAAUUGGAUUGCUCCAAAAGAUAACAAGAGUUGUCAGAGGUUCCUAGGAUUGAUUGGUUACUACAGACGUUUCAUUAAGGAUUUUUCUACUAUUGCUAAGCCAUUGAGAGAAUAUGCAAACGAUAAAUCGAAGAAAAUUAAAUGGCAUGAACAACAAGAGUUUGCGUUUGAGAAAUUGAAAAGAGCAUUAUUAGAGGCACCUGUGUUGAAACCUUUUGAUAACAAUUUAGACGUUGUAGUUACAACGGAUGCUAGUGACACUGCUAUUGGUGGUACGUUAGAAUUAUACAAAGAUGGUAAGUUUUACGGAGUUGUUGCUUAUAUGAGCAAGGCACUGCAUGGGCACGAAUUGAAUUGGCCUAUACGUGAGAAAGAGUUCUUUGCUAUUGUUUGCUGCUUAGAGAAAUGGAGACAUUAUUUGCUCGGUAAGAAGUUCAAGUUAUAUACUGACCAUCAAUCAUUAAAGUAUGUACUUACUGAGAGAAGCUUCAAAUUAAGAUUGGCAAGAUGGUGGGACGACCUUGCAGAUUACAACUUCAAAAUUAUUCACAUUAAAGGCAAAAACAAUCAUGUUGACGCCCUAUCAAGACUAAAUGCAAUCGAUACUGAGUCCACUGAAAGGACCAUAUCCAGAAUCUCAUUGGACCCUCAACACCUCACUACGUUACGAAAAGAAUAUCAGAAGGACCCAGAACUGUCAGUUAUCUACUCUAACCUCCAGAAAGCUACACCAUUACCACAGAAGUUAGUCACCAUCAUUAAGCAUUACUCCAUAAAAGACGGUUUACUUUAUUAUUCCGCUAAGAUACCAUUUGAUUCAAGGUUGGUUAUACCCAAAGGUACUAUUCGUCAAACAUUGAUGCACCUACAUCAUGAUUCAUUGCUCGCUGGUCAUCCUGGUUCAUUCAGAACUUACCAAAAUUUGGUACACGAUUACUAUUGGCCUAACAUGGUAAGUAUCAUUGAACAAUACACCAAGACUUGUCCACAAUGUCAACGUACAAAACAUGCACGGGUACUCCCUUCUGGUAUUUUCCAACCACUUGCUGUUCCAUACCGCCCCUGGUCUUCAAUAGGUAUUGAUUUUGUUUCUGGUAUGAAAGAGGUCCACAAAUUCAACUCGGUCCUAGUGGUUAUCGACCGUUUGACUAAAAUGGCACGGUUUAUUCCAACGAAAAAGACGCUCGACGCUAGUGAUUGUGCUGACCUGUUAAUCAACCAUAUUAUCUGCCAUCAUGGUGUUCCAGACGAAAUUGUAUCCGAUAGAGAUAAGCUGUUCACUGGUAAAAUUUGGGACCGUCUCAGGCAACGACUACGAAUCCACCUCAAAUUUACCACAUCAUACAACCCAGCUUCCAACGGUCAAACUGAACGAACUAAUGACACCAUGAGAAAGAUCAUAGCAAGCUAUACCAACCAACACGCCACUGAUUGGCCAAUGUACUGUUCUGUCGCUGCUUUUGCUUACAACAACACCUACCAGAGUAGCAUCAAAACUACUCCCUUCUUCGCUAACUAUGGUUUCCAUCCAAGGUUGCCUGGUUUCACCAACCCCAUACUCGAUCACUCGCAGAACAAUGAAGAGCAGCAAACACCUGGUACCUUACAAUCCAACUUAGACUAUCACCUUCAAGCACUUCAAAAUAUCAUGGUAUCGAUACAAACCAACAUGGCCGAUGCUCAAGAUCAUCAAUCUAUCCACUUUAACAAGCGUCAUCGUGUUACAAACUUCAAGGUUGGCGACUCAGUACUGGUUCAUAAGGAUGCUUAUAACAACAAACCUUACACCAAAUUCCAUCAUUUGUGGUAUGGCCCCUUCAAAAUUAUAGAAAAGAUGGGUGACCAAACCUACAGACUCAAUUCCCAACUUGGUAAUCGUCGUACAAAUACUUUUCAUGUUCGAAGACUCAAGUUAUAUCACCAACGCCAGCACAAUUCCAAUAAUGUCCCACCUACUGAGUAUAAAAACAAGUUACACCUAAUUGAGCGUGUUGUUCGUACAUUCCGCAAUAGUACGUGUGAAGUCCAAUGGUCAAAUGCCGAAACAUGGGAUACUAGCAUCCUUCCACUCCACAUCAUUUUCAACUCUGAAUACCGUCAUCUACUCGAUCCAUAUUAUGAUCCAGUUACCAAAGAACUUACCGUUACAUCCUCUUAA